UUGACAUUUCAAUACAUGUUAUCAUUCAUCGGGUCAAUGACAAGUAAUAUCACAAAUAUUAGAGUUUGUCAUUUCAGAGUUUGUCAUGUACAGUAGCUACAGUAGAUUUCCUCAGGUAGUAUUGGCUGUCAUUUACCUUUUUAAGGGAUUACUAAUAGGUUACUGUAGCGACAGAUGUUAUUCAGACUAGCAAAAGCAAUAUUUAACCUGUUAUAUAUUAUAGAUGUCACUGGGGACAACACGAAAUAAAGAGAACUUUUUCACUUGUGGUAAUAAAGUGACCCAGAAAAAGUAAAAAAAAAAUAUUCCUCUGGAAAUAGUAGCUAAAUAUUUGAUGUUAAAAAGCUACCUGUAACAAUAAAUACAUGUUAUUGUACUAGUGUGAAAAAUCGCUCCUUUUACCUUUUAGAUGUCGAGUUCAAAAAGCCACAAAAGUAUGGAGGAUGGGGAAUGGAUGUCCCGUUUGAGGAGGUUUGCCAGCUCUGGGGUUUGGCCUGCUGAUGCAGGCAACAGGCCAGCCCCAAGACAGAAGAGGUGGUAUGACCUCUUUCAAAAGAUUGAGAAGUGCCCGUUGCAGUUAUGUGGCCAAAAAAUGCUGUUUGGUGGGACACAGCAGUGUACUUGUGGCUUUCAUAACCCAAAGCCAACCACUGGACAAACUGUGGCAGAGACCUCUACCUGUGCUGCCCCUCCCCCACUGGGAAUGGCCUCUACCUCAGCCUCUGCCCCUCCUCCAUUGGGAAUGGCCUCAGCCUCUGCCUCAGCCCAUGUCCCAGCACGGCCCACACUGACUUUGUCCAUGUUUUCUAAACCACGAUUUGGAGGCUCACAUGGCGCUGCUGCAAAGCCCAAUGUGAAUGUUGUUAGGAAAGCAAAGUCUCUGUCCAGUCCACCCACCAUGACAGGAGACACCCAGUCCACUGCCAGCUCACAUACGGCCUCUGUGAGGACCACCCCACCAGGCUUUGGUUCCCCUAAGGUCUCUGUGAGGACCACCCCACCAGGCUUUGGUUCCCCUAUGGCCUCUGUGAGGCCUAGAACACCAUCAAGCCCUGCCAUGGCUUUUGUGAGGACCGAAUCACCGUUCUCAAAGCCCCCAUCCACCCCCUACAGCCCUGCGACGACCUCUGUGAGGCCCAGCACAGCUUCCAGCCUCAGCACUGUCUCCGAGACCAGCACCAGCCCUGCAAUGGCUGCUGAUGUGCAUGAUGAGGAUGAGCUUGCUGCUGCUGGCCCUGCUCCUGGCCCUGCUCCUGGCCCUGCUGCUGGCCCUGCUCCUGGUCCUGCUCCUGGUCCCACUCCUGACUUCUGGCUUCCUGUCAGAAUGAAGGAGACAAUCCCGGUUCAGGACCAGCGGUGGAUUGCGUCCACCCUGUUUCAGUCUGGCAAGCUGCGUUUGAACUUGAAGCUCUGGUAUGAGCCACCAGCCUCUGCCCUGAUUUACCACCAGGAUUUACCAACACCGGACUGUUUAUUGCCCACAGGCUCUUGGGUGCGGAAGGUCCUGGACGUGGACCGGUACUACCUGAUGGUGACGGAGACACUCAGGUGCACUGUGUGUCGCCUGACCCAUCUGGCAACCAGUCAGGCUGUCCUGGACCAGCUGGACCUGCCUCACAGGAGGAAGUUCAGGAUGAUCCUGACACGCUUGUGA